ACUUUUUCAAAAACAGUGAUGUGGCCUAGGGUUCAAUUGUCAAUUUGACAAAAAUGUAUAGUUUUAAGUUAAUAUAUUUUGUUAAUUUUUUGUUGAUUCUAUGUAGUUCCAGAUGUGAAAUAUCACACAAGAGAUUAUGCGUGGAUAAAGACUGUAAAGAACCCAUAUCUUUGGCAAAGACUCUUUUGAGGUAUAGUAGUCCUGACCCAAAGGUACUUUCUUUCAAAUCGAAUGAGAACAUCAAGAUAUUCAGUAAGGAGGCUAGUAGUAAGAAGGAUAGUUCUUCCACAAUAUUGUGGGAAACGGAAAUAAAUGGAAAGAGGGGCUACAUACCCAGUAAAUACGUUCGAGAAAUUAAAAUUAUUUCGAAACCAACUUUCUUGGUUGAUACGGAAUCAAAGCAAACUGUAGAUCCCUUAAAAGAAAUCAAUCCAGAUAAGGUGAAAAAUUCAUUUCAUAUUGUUGAUGGUACUACCAUAUUAAAGGAUUUCACAGAGUCCAUCAGCCAAAGUUCCAUUGAGAGUUCAGUUCUUUCAACGAUAGUCCCAAGUGAAAACAAAGAAUACUCUAAAACAUCUGAAGUUGCGAAAGAUUUGGACACGUUUUCCUCAGUUUCUGAAGAUGAUGUCGUUGAUUCUGAAGAUGAUGAGGAUGGUCUUGAGGAUGAUGAUGGUGAUGAUGAUGAUGAUGAUGAUGAUGAUGAUGGUGAUGAUGAUGAUGGUGAAGGAGAAGAGGCUGAGGGAGAUAAAAGAGCACAAAAACAAAAUGAAAUUCCGUCAACUGAGAAUCAGUCUGGUGGUGAUGGUCAGUUGACUCCCGAUAUUCCUCAGUUAAGUGUUGAGAAAAGUUUUGAUAAGGAAUUGUUUACUAAGACUGAUGAACAAACUCUAGAAACCAGUACAGAGAUGUCUGUUGACGUUGAAGUACCCAAACCAAUUCAAGAUGUUGGGAUCACUGAAAAUCCUUAUCAGGCAAUCAAUUCAGUAAAUGAUAUAACUAAGAAAACUGAUAGCUCAGCAUCGGAUGUACUACCAACAAAUGUAGGUGAUACUGACAAAAGCAUAAGCCAGAAUCCCAAGGAAAAACAGCAACAAGAUGAUAAGAAGGACUCAGUAGAUGAACCUAUUAGUGAAGAAGGUAAAUCACAUGAAACCAACUCAACAGAUAAUAUUACUACUGAAGAUUCAACAAAAGACAGCAGAAAUCUGAAUUCAGAAAGCAAAAUAAUACAGGAAACAAACUUGUCAAGUACUGUUAUUACCGCAGAGAAAAUUUUAAGAGAUGAUGUCGAGGAUUUGACAAAAGAAAACCAAAAUCGGAAGUUGGAAAGCAAAAUUUUACAAAAAAACAACUCAACAGACACAGACAAUAUAUCAGUAAAUGACAUUGGGAAGGAAUUGACAAAAGAAAACCUCACUUUGAAAUUAGAAACCAAAAUAAGUGAUAGUCCAGAAAGUAGUUCUCCUUCUCUUCAAUAUGGCCAAGAAAACAUUCCAAACUCAAAUAUGAGUGAUAUUCAUCCAAAAGAAAAAAACGAGAAUAGCGAUUCAAAACAUGAGCAGUUCAUUGAAAAUUUCCCUGGAGUUACAGCAAAUUUGGAAACAAUGAGUAAUGAUAAAAAAUUUGACUCAAGCACAUCUACAGAAAAAAAAAUAUCUCAUGAAGAUGCUGUUUCUGAUAAUAUUCAAGAUACGACACCAGAGGAAACUAUUCUAAAUAACAACUAUUUUCUAUAUCCUCCAGAUAAACUAAGAAAUGAAGAAAAAAAGUAUCGAAAAGAAGACGCAAAUGAAAACAAUACAAUGACUGAUUCAAACUCUCAAGAUUCGUCAAAGCAUGCUCAAGAUUUUGUUUUUGAAGAAUUUCCAGAAAAAAAUAUUGCCAGUGUGUCUUUAUCUCAUGAUGAAAAAAAUUUAAAAGAAAAUUUUGAAAGUUUAUCAGGAAUUGAUAUCAAUUUGGAUUCAUCUGAAGAGAAUCGAACUGAGGAAGAUACAGAGAAAAGUCAUCAUCCUACUGCAAAUGAUAUUGAAUUGGAGCCUUCUGAUUCAUCGACAGAAAUCAAUGAAAUUUCUUCUGACAAUGUAGCUGAAAUGUUGGCUGAAGGUUAUUCAUAUACUGCAACUGAAUCCAAUAUUGACAAUAAUGAAGACAAAUUUUUCUCAGAACAAUCCACAAAUGAAGGAAACAUAGUUCAGGAAAACAAAGAUUCAUAUUCUGAAACUUUUUUGAUUGAGGAACAAAAAGGUGAGCAGAUACUUGAUAGAAAAGAAGUAGUUGAUGAAAGUCAAGGAGUAGUGGCGAACCUCUUAUCAUUAAUCAAAGGCAGUGAAGAGAUUGGAAAGAAAUCAGAACCAGUUUCAUCUCCUGCGAGUUUAGGGGAGCAACUUUCAUUAGAUUCUCUGGAAUCAAAUCCUAGCAGAGAGUCUGAUCACAUUGAUACAGGUUAUUGUGAUGUAGAAAACUGCGAUAAAAUUGCUGACAGUAGUUUUGUAGAUAAUAUAACAUUAAGUUUCAACUAUGAUGUAUUUUUGUAUCUUGUCACUACUGCAGUAUCCUGUAUAAUAUUCUUAUUCAUGUAUCUAGCAAUGGAUAACAGUAAGAGAAUGACACCUUUGAUUUCUAAAAUCAACAAAUUGGAAAAGGAACUCCUUGUAAUUAUGAAAGAGAAUGAUAUACUCAAGGAAAGAGAAUUGUUUCAUAGUUCUAAUAAUGUAAAUAGUACACCAACAGAUGAAUACAAUCUUUUGGCUGAACGAUUAGCAAAAUUGGAACAGGUAAAACAAGUUCUCGAAAUGCAGGUUAUAGAUCUUCAAAAAGAGUUAGAUGGAAAAGAAGCAUUGGAAGAGCAAAUCGAGAGUUUGGAAAAGGAGUUGGAAACUUCCACAGAAGUUGGAAUGGAACUCAAUCGAAUUAUAGCAGAAAUGUUGGAUGCUACAAAUGGAAGUGAAAAAUUACAAGAAAAUGUCGAGCAACUGCAGAGGCAGUUGAUGGAACAAAAAAAUAUUAUUGCUAGCGUCAACAAAACAUUAAAAACUAAGGAGUCUCAAAAUGCUGAAUUACUUGAAGAGUCAAAAAUAAGCCAGAGAAAGAUACUUGAGUUACAGAAAGAUUUGGAUGAAAGAGUUGAACAAAUUCUGAAAAUUGAAAAAGAAAAAGAGCAACAGCAAAACUCUCUUCAGGAUGAACUGCUAGCAUACCAACAAAAGUAUAAUGAAAAUGUGGUGAAAAGUGAAAUUUUGAAUAAUGAAAUACAGGUUCUGAGAAAUCAACUUUCUGAUGCUCAGAGACAAGCGGAGUUACGAGUCAAAGAGUACCAUUUAUUGAAAGAAAGUCUGGGUAAACUGAAAUCCAUAAAAAAUAAUGAGAAUGUUAUGGACUUAUUACUUGAAUCUACAUCAAAGAAGGCGGAGUAUGAACAGCUCAAAAUGGAAAAUGAAAGAUUUAUUGCUCAGUUGAAACAAGAAGAAGCAGCGAAAAUAGCUUAUGAAAAUAAAUAUGAAAUUAUUAAGGAAGAAAACAAUUCUCUUUUGAUAAAAUACCAGGAAGCUGAUAAGGAAAAGGUUGAAAUUAAUAUGAAACUGGAAGUUUUGACCAAUUAUUUCAAAAAAAAAGAAGAAGAAUUACAAGGUGAAAUAUUGAAAUAUAAAUCAAUUUGGAAUGCGAAAGAAGGUGAGGCCACAUCUACUUCCGAACGAAUCAGGCUUUUGCAGGAAGAAAUCGAAAAUUAUAAAUCUCAAAACGAAACCUUAAAACAAGAAAUAAUAUCUCAAGAAAUCGAAUUGAAAAGUCAAAUAUCCAUAUUGGAAAAGAAGGUUCAUGAAAACUGGGUUUCUGCAAGGCAAAUGGAAAGAAAAUUGGAAGAUGCCAGACAAGAAUCUGCUCAAUUGAGGAAUCGAUUAACACUGAGGGAACGGGCUAUGGUUGAGGAAAGAGCACAAAAUAGAUUACAAUCUCCACUUAACCAAAAUGGAGAACUACCUUUAUCUCCACAUCCGAUCGAGUCAGCAGCGUCACCACAAUUAUUGUUUGGCGGCAGGGAUCACAUCACAAAAUCACCUCCACUACCAGCUCUUCCACCUCACUUCCUACCUCCACCUCCAGGUGCACCUUUCAUGCCGCCUCCUUUGCCCGGAAUGCCCUUUCUGCCACCCCCGCCAACCAUGUUCCCAGUUGAUCACAGACCCCCUCCGUUGGGUAGAAUGUCUUCCCCUCCUCCAUUGAACUCGCGAUACUCUCCUGAUACUUCAGCAUUCUCACCCUACGAUAGAAAUAGCCCUUCUCCUCCAUACGAUUCAGAAUAUGGAGCAUCACCACCUCCUAUGAGGAGAUACAGCCCUUAUGAAAGAGAUGAAAGGAGAGACUAUAAAAGACCACCCCAUGUUAUGUCUAACGGACGAAAUCUUAGAGGUAUGUAUUUUUUUUUAUUUAAUUUCAAUGUAGAUGUCCGACUUUGCCAUGACCUUGAAAAAUAGAGGAAAGAUGUUGAU